CGGCCAGCUUCGGCUCGACGAGCCUGCGUCGACCUCGGUCGACCCAUGGCGGUCGGAGCACACAACUGGUUGUAGCUUUCGCGAGGCAGGUAUGUCGCGUGCUCCUUCGCUCGUGCAUUCUUCUUCUUUCGCGUCAUCUGAUUUCGGUGCAACGUUUUCGUUGUUCGUUUCACGCGCCGUUUAACCAUUGCCACGUACACCGUCCAUAAUCCUCGCGCACGUGCCCGACCCGUGAUCAACGGAGGAGUGCCUGUUACCGCAGAGAACGUGAUUUUCAUGCCCACGAACUGUCAAAAAGCUUGGUCCGGUUCGAAGUGGCUGGCCAAUACUAUCGUGAUCACGGUUCGUCUUCGACCGUUCCUGAACGCUGUGCCGGAAUAACGUGCUGUCACGUGGGCCUACGCCCGUGAAUAAUCGCCGACGAUUUACGAACACUCCGUGGAUCAUGAUUCCGGACAAACGACUGUAACGUCGUGCACAGCGUAACGUAACGCGUGUUUACGGGUGCUAGUACAUACAAUCCGGUUAAGCACGUGGUAGCCACGAUGCUCCUAAAAUUGGCAGUGUUGCUGUCCUUACUCGUGCGGCCAGGUGCAAGUUACUUCAACCUUUUUCUCAGCCAGGCAGAAGUGCGGAAACUAAUGGGUCUAGAAGCGGAAUUGUUUUACGUGAGAGAGGGCGUCAUCAACGAGUACGCAAUUAAAUUUGUCGUCCCAGUGCCAGCGCAGGUUCACAAGCUGCAUUUCACUUGGGAAAAUCUCGCCGGCAGGCCGUUGCCUUAUUCAAUGUCGGUGGACAUCAACAAUCCAACAGCUUUGAGCAGUUCCCUGAACAUAUCUCUAAUCGGUGAAAUCCCGGUGGGUGGUCUUCAGACCUGGGCUUUGACGUUGCAUUGCGGCCCAUACGACGCGGAAGUCGAUCUAAGCCUUCGAAUAAAUGUCUCUUUAUCGAGACGAAACACGACCAGCUUAGACUUCAGACGGAAGAAAAUCUGUUUGAAGGAUAAAAGCAACGUAGGAGUAGAAGAAGUUCUCGUUGCUGCUUCUGGAUCCACUUCCGGCGGACAAGUGUUCUAUGCUGUCGUUGGCUGCGUCUGUGCCUUUAUCGCCGCCAUUUUUGUUCUGGUUACUGCCUACUACGUCCGUGAUAAAAAAACCAGAAGGCAUCGUGACCCUCUUCAAGAAUCAAGGGGUCUCAGUUCCGCGUGUAGCGUGGAACGUAGCACUGGCGUUGGACCAGCACAAACAUUUUUGUCUUCUGAAACACCUCCUCCAGCGUCUGCUACAUCCACGUCUACUUAUAGAAGAUUAGACGAUCGACCUAGCCGAGAACUGCACGAAAGAAUCCAAGAAAUCACAGUUCAGAGAUGCAGGGUACGCCUUCUCAGCAUUGAAAUGGAAGGCACAUUCGGUCGCGUGUACAGAGGCAGUUAUCACGAGGAGGGCGCGUCUACCCCGAGGGAUGUCCUAGUGAAAACUGCCGCUGAACAUGCAUCACAAUCGCAAGUCGCCCUCCUCUUGCGCGAAGGUUUAGCAUUAUACGGUCUAAGUCACCCGGUGCUACUCCCCGUUUUGGGUGUCUCGAUCGAGGACAGAAGCGCGCCUUUCCUUUUGUAUCCGCACACCGGCUACAAGAACAUGAAGAGGUUCUUGCUGAGGUGCAAGUUGAGCAGCGAGGGGCCACCGAGAGCUCUCACCACGCAAGAAGUCGUCGAAAUGGCCCUUCAAGCAGCCAAAGGAGUCCAGUAUCUGCACAGAAAGAGGCUGGUGCACAGAGAUCUAGCUGCUAGAAAUUGCGUCGUCGACGAUGAUUUAAGGGUCCAAAUCACGGACAAUGCCUUAGCCAGGGAUCUGUUCCCGCAGGAUUAUCAUUGUCUCGGCGACAACGAGAAUCGGCCGAUCAAGUGGCUUGCCAUAGAGAGUUUACUGAAUAAGACGUUCAGUACUGCUUCCGAUGUGUGGGCAUUCGGAGUCUUGUUAUGGGAACUCACGACACUGGCACAACAACCAUACGUGGAAGUGGAUGCAUUUGAAAUGGCUUCGUAUCUUAGGGACGGGUACAGAUUAGCACAGCCAAUCAACUGUCCGGAUGAAUUGUUUGCUGUCAUGGCAUAUUGCUGGGCGAUGUCCGCGGACGAGAGGCCGACGUUUAGCCAAUUGAUCGUCUGCCUUCAAGAUUUCCACACUCAGUUGACCAGAUACGUUUAAUAGACAAAUUUGGAACGUAAAAUCGAUUUAACUUCUAUCGAAAAUUUCCCCUUUCCAAUCAUUUCUGCGAUAAUAGACAAAGGAAAUGAAUACAUACAUCGGAAGCACUUGUACAUAAUAAUAGUACUUAAAAAGCAAUUUUAAGGUAGCGCGGAGAAUUGAGUGAACAUUCGCGAUAGAAACGUGGCUUUAUAUGUAGUAUUUCAAAAAGAAAAUUAUAGUUUACACGAGUACUGUCCAAAAUCGAUUCACUAGCAACUUAAUACAUUGUCUACCGGAAGUCUAUUAAUAAGUUCCUCGAUGUCUACAUUGAAAAGAAUCUAAAUAGUUUUCUUUCAAAUAAUUUCAAGAAAAUUAUUUGCUCCUUAUGUUAUUUGGGACGAAAAAUCGAUUGAACGAUCCUUAGUUCCUAAUCUUUGAUCCUUAAAGGAUUAUUGAACAUUUACCGGUAGGUAAGGUGUUAAAAUUUCUUUAUUUUGCUUCUAUUAUUAAAGAAACAAAAAUACUAAACAUAAUAUCGUUAACUGCCAUAUACACCAAACGAGUUCUUUAGAUCUGUGCCUAUUUAUCAUUGCUGCUGUUUGUUAGCAAUCGUGCAUAAAGGGAGUGAGUACCACCUAAGGACAGUACUGGUGAAUGCACACUCGUAUAGUUUGACCGACUGAAUGUAAGACUGCAAUACGCAUGCGCAACGCAAUUCUUGCCAACCGAACAUGCCUAUUAACUCUCUUCCUACUAUAUUGUGGUGAAUUACUAAUCGUAAGUAGUCAUGACAAAGAGAGUCGAAUUGAAUAAAAUUGAUAAUAAUAUUAUAUUAUCAUAUAUGAUAUUUUCGUUCGGCUUGGUAUUUGUAUUGGUGCCUCCUAGUAGUUCCACACUGAGUCGGCCGAACUGUGUAUUGUGAUUACAGGAAUAGGAUAAAAGUAAUAGAAAUUCGAUUAAAUUAAGCAGAUUAAGCGAAUUGAAAGUAACAGAACGAUGUCCCCGAACUUCGAUGCUUACGUUGGUUAGCAUUGCUUUAAAAAGAGUAAGAAAUGUUGCAAUAAAUAUUUUUCUUUCCAAGAUUUUUUAUGACAAGACACUCAACUUGCAAGUGACAUUCAGGAUAUAUUAACACAUUUUGUUUUCGGUAUAGUAUUGUAGAUAUUAAAAGUGUGUAAGUAUAUCUAGAAUACAGUAGUUGAUGUCUUGUCUAAAAGAAGCCCAAAAUUAGCACUGAGAACUUGUCUGUACGACAUCGAGUAGAUAAAAAUGUAUAAUUGCGUGUAAUUUUUAUAUUAGCUAACGGCAAAGAGUAAUUGUAGAAACUGACACGUAUAUAUUGUUUUCUGUUUAAGUAUUAAGACUGAAUUGAAUGUUCACUAAGUGAUACACGUUCAAUUAACAAAAUACAGUAGUACUCUGUCCUUAUACUUUAAUGAGUGCUACAUCUUCUGAUAUUGCACUGCAUUCAUAAACUUUUUAUUAGAAUUAUUGCAGGGGCAUGAUUGCUUUUCUAAAGAUAAGUCACAGAUGCGGGAAAAAAUUUAUUAUACGAGAGGUUAUGUUUCCAAGAAAAUCGAUUUAAAAAAUUUACUGAUUAGAAAAAGAAGAAAAAGGUAUUCUUUUUUUUAUCUGAUUAAUAGUAAUAUACACAAAGGUAAACCUGUUUGUACUUUUUUCACAAUUCUAAUUUAAAUACGCAUUCUUUUAUUUUUGUUAUGAGUAAAUUAAACAAACUCUAACUCUCCAUCUAAAUCUCCAUUAAUCUUUUAGUAAAUCUUCGUUUAAUUAACUAAGAAUGGGAAAAGGUUACAAUCAUAGUUUGUGUAGAGAAUUAUGCUAAGAAAUUCUAAAUGAAUUAAUUGAACAAUGCACAUGUAUUCGAAAACUUUGAGAAACCGAUUUUCUUUGAAACGAUCUUUUGUGUAACAAGUUAGAGAAUGUUUCUAAUCGAUGAACUAAAUCUUCAUAAGAUUAGUUCUGGGAUGAACAAAACCAGUUGCGUGCGAUUAAACUGAUAAAAUUUAGAUCAGUUUGUAUAAUCCUUAAACAUUUAUAUGCUUUCCUAAUUUAUUCAACCUUAUAGUCACAUAAAAACUACAGCUUAUAGAAACGAUAAACUUAUAAACAGUUUCAAUCCACUAAUUGUUGCUGGCUGUGUAAGCCUGUAAAAAAAACUUGCCGAAAAAUGACCGAGCCAAAGUUUUCCCACUAAGAGGAAUCUUUUAGAGAUUUAUAUUUCAAAUUUAUUUUCGGUGAAUCAACUCUUCCUCCGGUUGUGUCACACAAUCAGCUGCGUCAAAUCAAAGUAUAAUUUUGGUUCCCAAUACCAAUAGAGGUAUCUUAUAUCUUAUCUAUCCUUAUCUGAACGCUAUGUUCCGAACGAGUUCGAACAAAUGGAAUUGUACAAUUUCGUCACGUUGAUCGCCGAAUAAUUCCAACAGGAAACUGCCAAACUUCGUCGUCGUGAACUGCCAAUUUCGUACUCAGGAAGCUGUGUAAUUGGUCAGAAACCUGUACAACAGUUUCGAAUGAUGUGAUACGCAUUUCGCUUGUCACAUCAGUGUAUCGAGUGUGCCAAUAUCCUUUUUUGUAUUUUUGUACAUAUUUAUCCAUAGAUGUACGUAUAAGCGUUAGUUUUAAAGAAUAGGUGCUGCGGUAUGCCAAGUCAGAAAGAUUCGUGUACAUAAUGAGAAACAUGUCGACGCGAAAAUCGAUAUAAUGUACAAACCGCGGGCGUUACGGGCACAAUAAAGCGAUUGAUAUAUUAUUUCGUUGUUCGCUAUUUUCUCCCACCGAUAAAUUCGUUCAAACCUUCUCUUCAUUCUUAUUUCCAUGAAUCCCCCCGCAAUUCCGUUCGACCAGCUAUUUUUGGCGAUUCUUCCAGCGUGGCUGGAGCAACACAAACCCAACCAUCAUUGCACGCGAGCUGGUGGUGGGGGGAUGAAAGAGUUUUUGUUUUCUCAGAAAUCGUUCAUCAAACUGUGAGAUAUCGUCUCGUAAACGACUCCUGUAAUUCGUGCUGCCUGCACCGGGAAUGUCGGGCGACAAAAUUAAUGGCGCCUUCCUGACGUCUUGUUUAAAAUGACGGAUGAGUCCGUGCCUAAUUUUCUGGUGUCUCUUCUUGACUCUGUUUCGCGUGUAAUUGGAUACACCAAUGACAAAAGAGCUGUAAAGGUGUCUCUAAAUUAUUUCCCUAACGAGGACGAGCAUAUUCUAUUCGAAACUAAAAUGAAAACAGCAACUUGAAAUACGGUGUCCAAGUCUUGAUUGUUUAGUUAACAAGUUGAAUGCCGCACGAUUUCAUAGAGCAAAGCACACAAAAUGGAAGAAAUAUAAUAUUAAAUUAUUCGAUUGUAU